AUGCGCGCCAUGCGUCGUAUUCAGGGUAAGGGUAAGGCGGGUGAAGAACUCGGAUCUCGAUCGAUCUUUGCAGAAGCUCGAAAGCGUGGCCGUAUCACUAGCGAUGUCUACAUUGCCAGUGCGCUCAUGGAAUAUCACUGCUAUAAGGAUCCUUCCGCUACAAAAAUCUUUGAACGCGGUGCAAAGCUAUUCCCACAAGAUGAAAACUUCGCCCUCGAAUACCUCAAACAUUUGAUUGACAUUAAUGAUAUCAUCAAUGCUCGAGCUGUAUUCGAGACGACAGCCAGAAGAUUUGCCUCUGAUCCCGAGACUGUUCAGAAAGCUAAGCCCAUUUUUGCCUUCCUUCACGAAUAUGAGUCUCGAUACGGAGAUUUGGUGCAAGUGAUAAAUCUGGAGAAUCGCAUGCGUGAGCUCUUUCCCGAAGAUCCCUCGUUGGAUCGGUUCUCGCACCGCUACACCACACCCACAUUCGAUCCAGUAUAUGUGCGGCCAGUCUUGUCGCCGUCGCAGACCCAGCCCAAGACAUUACACGCAGGCGUCAAACCGGAAAUCCAAACUUCACCAGCACCUGGGCAGCAUGAUAUGUCCUUUAGCUCGCCAAAGCGACCUUACCCCAGCGAGGAUUUCGAUUACGACUCUGACCGCCCCCGCAAGUUUGUUCGGGCCGAGUCGCCUCUCAAGGCCGCGCAAGGUCGCCGUCUUGAUCAACAGAAGCGAGGGCAAGCCAUCAAUGGCCAGGUCACGUCCCACUACAAACCACAAGGAUCCCCGGCGCCCCUACCCCGAGAGGUGGUCCAGCUACUCAACAACAUACCCCAUGCAUCGGCAUACCACCUUCCGCGCUUGUCACCAGAAAAAAUGGUCGAUCUCAUUCGCCGCACCGAUAUCCCGGCGAGCCCUUCCCAGAUCCCGCUCCCAGCCAAUGCCAGAGGGCUUGGUACAGCGCAGAGUGGGGUCAAUGCAUAUGGAGGUGCUUACCGCUAA